AUGGUCCAGUGGACUGCUGAUAAAGAUCAGAUCAUCCUCAAGGGCAUAUUCAAGUUCUGCGACAUCAAGAGCUCUGCUCCUCUCCUCAAGUACCUCGCCGAGCAGAUCGGUGGCGGUAAGUCUUGCCUCUCUUUUACACUUCACCAGUACGUACAGCUGCUCACACGCCCCACAGACUGCACCUCCAAAGCCGUGUCUCACCGUCUCGCCAACAUUCGGAACCACGGAAAACCUCUGCCCGCCAGCACUGGUAACACUCCCGUCAAGGCCAACAUGACACCAAAGACCCCGCGCAGCCGCGCAAAGGCUACGCCCAAGAAGCCGCGCACCCCUGUCGAGAGCGAGUCCGAGUCUGGUGGUCCUGAGGGUCUUCUUGAGUCGCCUUCGCCGUCGGUCAAGCGUACUUCAGCCAAGCGCCAGCGCUCCGCGUCCAAGGUAGUCUAUGCGGAGACUGAUGGAUCCGAUGUCACCGAGGAGGAGUACAUUCCCUACGGAGGUACCAAGAAGAUCAAGCGAGAGUAUGCUGAGGAUGAAGGAGAGGUUGGGUUCGCGACUGCUGAGGAGGUUUGA